AGUUUGUCUAACAGCUGACUUUUUCUGUUAACAAGCUCCAGCACAUAGCAACGCCGCUCCAUCGCUUUUCUGUAAAAUGAAAGUGCCUUCAAAUGCGGUCGGAAAUGCUCGAUAUAUUUAUCGAGCUGACGGAAAACAAUCAUUGUGAAAUAUCAAGUCUAGCUACUUGUGCUACAUUGAGGGUUACAGACACAAAUGGGCCAUUUAAGUGACACUCCCACCACCGCGCAACGCUGUGGCCAAUCGCCGGACCGAGUGAUCUUUAGCUAGUGCGUUUAGGCUGCGGCGGUUGGGGGCCGAGAAAAACCUCAGAGGCCUGGGCAGCGAAAAGUUGAGACAUAUUCAACUUUUGAAGAAGGGCAACCCCGAUGUCAACCUGCGGUGGCUAAUCGUGUAACUGGCGAUCAUGUCAGUCCGUUUUGAGGAGGCUUUGGACAAUGUCCCCAUGCUUCUGUACAUCCUGGCCCUGAAGACGCUGCUGCUGUGUAUGGCGUUUGCCGGGGCGAAGAUCUACCAGAGUAAGAAAGCAGAGCAGGCCCUGAAGAAGCAGCAGGAUGAGAGGAGGAGGCUGGCCCAGCAGACGCAGGAGCUCCUAGACAACAAGAAGGAGGACUGAGCAGAGAGGAGAAGCUGCUCUACACGGGGAGACGCGUUACCGACCUGAGGAACAAGCCACCUACUCCACAUAGGAGCCAGAUGUCUGACUGUCAGCAGCAGGAGGACAUUCCUGUGCUUUAGGAAAUUGUUUGUGGUUCCAGUACCAGUUUUUUAUAUAUAUAUAUAUCUAUAUAUAUAUAUAUAUAUAUAUUGUGUAAAUGUUUGACUGAACUUGGUUUUUAUGAAAUGAAGUUCUAGCAGCAACCAUGUGGUCUCACUGAAGUGAGACUAAGACGAGGGACUGUUAAACAGAGAUGGACUCGGUAUAAGAACCACAGCAGAAUCAUUUACACAACACCCACUCCUUUUUGGAGCCUCAUCUUUUGUCUCGUUUUAUACUUGUAGAUCUCAACACUACAAUUAUCUUCACUUUGUACACCGGGAUAGUGGUAGAAUCAAAGCUUGUCAAAUCUACAUAUUUUUAAGAAUACAGCAUGGUAUUUAUUCUGUAAUAUUCUUUGCAAUUUGUGAGCCAGCUUUGUGCCAAACUUGUGUUAUUACAUUAAAUAGUUUGUUCCACAUGGUACAA